AAAGAUCCCGUAUUUACUCAAGUGAACAGGUAGAAAAAACAAGCAGAAUGAUCAAACAAAAACAGUACGAUUGGAAAGACAGCAACUUAGCAUUAUUCGGAUCUGACACUGAAAGACAGGUCAAAAAGGAAUCAGCAGAGCAAGAGAAGGCGUGGAAAAAGGCGGGAAAGAAAUGUGGGCUACAAAUAUGGCGAAUUGUGAAAUUCAAAGUGACGGAAUGGCCAGUGGAGGAUUAUGGGAAAUUCUUUGAUGGUGACUCUUACAUAAUUCUAAACACUUACAAAGAAGACUCGUCAGAAGCUCUUCUCUACGACGUACACUUCUGGAUCGGAAAGUACAGUACACAGGAUGAGUAUGGAACAGCAGCUUACAAAACUGUGGAGCUGGAUACCUAUCUAGACGACGUCCCCAUACAACAUCGAGAGGUACAGGGUCACGAAUCCGAGUUAUUCCGAUCGUACUUCAAAGAAAUUACUUAUCUUCAUGGCGGGGCAGAUAGUGGAUUCCGACAGGUCAAACCGGAAGAAUACACACCACGCUUGUUUCAUUUCCAUGGCGACAAAUAUGGCGUUACAGUUAAAGAGGUUGUCCGUGAUAAGAGUCGACUAGAUGACACAGAUGUAUACAUUCUGGAUAAGGGCCUGACAAUCUACCAAUGGAACGGCCAAGGCUGUAAUAAGGAUGAAAAAUUUAAGGCUCUGCAGUAUGUUAAUAAGUUAAAGGCAGAGAGAAGUGGAAAGCGAGUAGAAGUGGAAGUGAUUGAUCAAAACUCUUCUGGACAAGAUGAGGAGGAAUUCAUGCAUCUGUUGGAUGGUGGAACAGAGGAAGAAGAAUUUGACAGCUCAUCUGAUUUUGUGGCUCUCGACAAGACAAAGGAGCUCUUCCGGUUGUCAGAUGCCGAUGGAUCAAUGAAGUUCACCCAAGAAAAGAAAGGAAAAGUAUCGAUGGGGGACUUUGACAGUAAUGAUGUGUUUAUAUUUGACACCAAAGAAGAACUUUUUGUUUGGAUUGGAAAAGCUACCACUCCUGCAGAACGCAAGAAUGCAAUGACAUAUGCACAUAACUACCUGAUGAAAAGUGAUCACCCUUUACUGCCCAUCAGUUGUUUAAAAGAAGGAAAAACAACGGCUAACUUUACAGCCGCAUUAGCUGCAUAAUUUGUCGUCUGCAUUAAUUGUACAGUACCCGUUGAUGUAUUACUGUUGUGCCUUUGACUUUGCUAUCAGUAUAUCUUUGUACAUUAUCAAUUCGUUAACAUAAAUCCAUUGACAUUAUUUUUGUUACUUUAACUUUUAUGCAAUAAAAUCAAAAUUCAGUUUAUUUAAUCCAACUAGUAACAGAGGACUAUUCUUACUGAUACAUGUCAAAUUUGAAUGAGCUUUAACUGUUGCCAUAAUUUUGGAUAUAGGAAUAUACUCGUUAUUGACUCAAGUUCACUUUCAUAUGUCCAGGUCUUUUGUAAUAUUAUUGCGAUAUUGAGAUCAAGUCAGAAUUAUGUCAAGGUAUCAAUUUAUGAUUAUUGUUUUUAUUAGAUUUAAGAAGCAGGUUAUUGAUCGAAAGCUUCCUAACCACUUAUGAUUUGAUGGAUUGUUAAAUAGUUAUUAUGGUUUCUACUUAAAUACAUGCAUUAUAAAAUGAAGAUUACGAAGUGAUCAUUCUCAAAAGCCUUUUAAACGUACAAUCCAAAUUCUGAGCAGAGCCAACACGGAUCCCUGAAAACAGAGAUUGGAUCAGGUGCCACGGAGGAGUAAGUAUCCCCUGUCGAACGGUCACGACCACUCCGCCGUGUGCUCCUUGUCAUGAUCGGGUAAAGGGAAAUCGGUGUGAACAUUUCUAUAAGACGACAGUCAACGUUUGACUUAACAAAAAAUUUAUUUGUAAACAAGGUCAUAUAUUGACCAUAAAAUUUUCAAAAACUUAAAAGAAGAAUGUUGAUAUCCUUGUAUCACCAACUUAUCUGUCAAUAGCCUGCGUCUUUGGCGAUAAUUACAUUUGUCAUAAAGUUUAGUUUUCAGUUUGCUAUCAAUGUAUUUUUAUAGUAAAUAUCCAAUAGGAAACAAA